UUCAAACAUUCCAUCCUGUUCGUGAGUUUGUCCAUUUUGUUUGAUGGAUGAAUUUCAAGUUCACGAUAGACGUUCGUUUAUUUUGUUGUGCGCGAAUUUAUUUGGUGAAAGGAGCGUGAUAAAGCACAGGUGUUUUGUGUUUGACAGCAUGGUUUUAGUGUGAGACUGAGCUGGAUAAGGAUUACUGAAUCCUUGUUUUAUUUUGUAAACUGUCGAGAGUGAUUUCGUAAACAUGGUUCAGGAAUUCGUGUCUCCCGUGAGGGUCCACAAGUUUACCUUCGAGAUGGUGAUGGCUGCCUACGAGAGGCGGUUCCCGAACUGCCCGCAAAUCCCUGUGGUGGUGGAGUGUGUCAUCACUGAAGACAGCUGGUCAGCUGACAACUCACAGCGGCACACCACGCGCCGCUGCCAGCUCAGCGUCGACGCGCCGUAUCUGCUGAAGAAGAUGAUCGGCGUCGACUACGUGUACUUCAUCCAGAAGAACCACCUGGACCUCAAGAACCGAGUGCUGGAGAUCGAGGCGACCAACGAAACUUUCUCCUCCAGGGUCGAGGUUCUUGAGAAGUGCAAAUAUUUUGUCCACCCUGAGAACCCGGAUUGGACGUGCUUCGAGCAGAGCGCGCUGCUGGACGUGAAGAACUUCUUCGGCUUGGAGAGCACGGUAGAGAAGAUCGCCAUGAAGCAGUACGCUGCCAACAUUGCUAAAGGGAAGGAGCUGAUUGAGGCGUUCAUGAAAGAGGUCCACGCAGACGGCACGAUGCAGCUGCAGCCGUGGACGAAGUCUGCGCCUGAGCACAACCGCGAGCUGCGGCGGAUAGUGUCGCGCGGCGUGGAGCCGCUCACGCAGGCCGCGCCCGAGCCGCAGCGGCACUCGCCUUCAGACCAAUACACCCUGGACAGUGAGUACAUCAAGCGUUACCUGGGCGAGCUGACGCCGCUGCAGGAGUCCCGGCUGCUGCAGCUGCGCAAGUGGAUCGCUGACCUGCAGAAGGGGAAGGUACCAAGCGACACGACCCUGCUGAGAUUCCUGCGCGCGCGCGACUUCAACGUGGAGAAGGCUCGCGAGAUGCUGUCGCAGAGUCUGCUCUGGCGCAAGAAGCACCAGGUGGACCGCCUGCUCUCCGAGUACGAGACCCCGGACGUCGUCACGCAGUACUUCCCAGGGGGCUGGCACCAUCACGACAAAGACGGGCGACCGUUGUAUAUCCUCCGUCUUGGACAGAUGGACGUGAAAGGAUUGUUGAAGUCUAUCGGAGAGGAUGGCCUCUUGAAGUUGACCCUUCAUGUUUGUGAAGAAGGACUCAAACUCCUGGAAGAGGCCACGCGCGAAUCCGAGCACGCAGUCCACUCGUGGUGCAUGUUGGUAGACCUGGAUGGUCUGAACAUGCGCCACCUGUGGCGGCCGGGCGUGCGCGCACUCCUGCGCAUUAUACAGAUCGUCGAAGCAAACUACCCGGAAACUAUGGGCCGAGUGCUCAUCGUAAGAGCUCCCAGAGUAUUCCCGAUUCUGUGGACCAUUGUUAGCACUUUUAUCGAUGAGAAUACUCGCAGCAAGUUCCUGUUCUACGGAGGCAAGGACUACCUGCAACCUGGCGGAUUAUUGGAUUACAUACCCAAGGAUUUGAUCCCAGACUUCCUUGGCGGACCUUGCAAGAGCUUCGUUCACGAAGGCGGGCUGGUUCCCAAGAGCCUGUACGUGAGUGGGGCGUUCACCGAGCGGGACGGAGACCCGCUGUGUGAAGACAGCAUCUACAGAUCUGUCAGCUUGAGCAAGGGACAGGUAUACGAAGUGAUUGUAGUCAACCGGGACCCGCAGAGCGUGUUGACGUGGGAUUUCGACGUGUUACGACACGAUAUCUCGUUCACCGUGUAUCGCACUAUGCACGACCUCGAAGAUGCUGACGAUAUCAGCUCUGCUUCGUGCGCAGGCGGCGAGGAGGUGCGCUCGGUGCUGGAGCGCCGCGGCUGGCGCGAGGGGGACCACUUCCACCGGGUCGAGCCCACCCUGCGCGCGCAUGACGGCGAGAGCAUACAGGGCUCCCACGUGAUGAUGGAGUCAGGCAGCUACGUGCUGCAGUGGCGCUGCGAGCUGCUGGACUCCACGCACCGCGCCGCGCAGCUCAUGUACUUCCACGAGACGCUAGCCUCCCACCACUACAAGGGCUCAAUGUCGAGCCUGCAGUCGGGGACUUCGGGCUUCUCCUGCCUCAGCGGCAAGUCCAUGGCUAGCAGCUGCCCCUCCCGGUGAUGUGAGGGCCUCCAGGGCUCCGCCUGCGGCCCCGCCACUCUCGCGCCGCCCAUCACGGAGGCCGCGCACAACGGCGAUAGCUAAGUCCUUUUUAUCACCACAAUAGGGUAGAUGACAAUUGAGAUAUUUUUUACGAAACAUCAAUAGGCUAGCUUCCAACUAGUCAAAUCAGAUACUUUUUACAAAACGUCAAAACAAAAAUUGCUAUGGAAUUUGUAUGAAAAAUCAUACUGUGACGUCAUAGAAAAACAUGUCGGACUAAUUAUUACGUUUUGAUUAAAAUUCAUAAAUAAGUUAAAUAGCAAAAGAAAAUGUUUUUCAUCAGUUUUAGAUCUGUCUUUAUUUAGUAAUCACAAUUUCAUAAUUUAUCUUUGACGUUGAUACUACCCAGUCGAAUCUGUUACCUUGCAGAAAUUCAUUAUAACUAAAGGUUGUAAAUAAGAUAAAUAUAAAAUUGGGAUUACUAGAUUUCGUUUUAAACUAACUUUUAUUUAAAUAUGAGCAUUUUAUAAUAUUUGCCUGGUCAUCUACCCAAUCAGAACUGCAAUCCAGAUCUUGAAGAAUUCUUGAGCUUAGUCAUUCUAGGAUUAAAAAUUUGAUCCGAGUCCGUCAUUCGCGGAUUCGGAUCAGGGGGGUUAAAAUGGCCACAUCGUAGCCAUUCAUCUAAAAAGCAAUAUUGCAAUUUGACAUUCGCGCAUAUCAAACUAAGUGCGCAAUGCAAACAAAUGUCAAAUAGCAUUAUUGCUUUUUUAGAUGAAUUGCUUCGAUGUCGCGUUUUAGCCUAUGUCGCUCGAGGUCUGCAACCCGUGCGAAUCAAUCAGUUACCUUGUUGGAAUUCGACUUUCCAUUCCCCGUGCGCAUUUAUGCUUAGUUUGGUAGACCUUCGAACACUGAUGGUCAAGCUAAUUAACGUUGCCGCUAAAAUAUCUUCGCAGAAAUACAUUCCCAGGGUUCGAAGAACUACCCAGUUACAAGUACAUUAUUAUCAUGUGACUAGUUGAUUCGUCCGGGUUAUGAUUACAUUGACCACGGUACAUUAAGGCCUCAAUCACUGUGUGCGGAUUUUGAAGUCGUUUUUCGCUUCGACCGCACUUUUGUUGUAAAUAUACCUCUGCCCAGACUCUUUUUCAUUGUAGCGGGCGAUGUGGUUGGGCGAUAUUUAGUUAAAACAUUAGCUGCCCUAUUAAAAAACGAAAUCUACAGAUAAACUAGGUUUAAAAUAACAUUCCGCGCCACGAGAGACGCCGACGGAUUUUAAUGGAACUAAUUGACAAGUGACAUAAUAAUUCUAUGCAAAAUCUGCGACAGUAGCGCCGCGACCGCGGAACUUCUUUCGGGACACAGACUAUAUUUUAAACAUACUUUAUCUUUUAGUGUUCGUUUUGUAAUAAAACUGUAAAUGUCACUCAUUAAAUGUGCUAUUGUCAACGUGCAGUGUAGUGUUGUUACGUGCAACUUGUGUUUCGUGUGGACUAAACAAUGGACUUUAAAUAAGCCAACUUUUAGAGAUACGAUGUUUGUAAGCGACGCGUGGAUAUACACAGGCAUUGAUACAACGUGCUCCCUGUGAGUAUAGUCUUAAUUUAAUUAGCAGACUUGUAGAUAGAAAUAUAAGACAACAAAUAAACAUAACAUAGGCUAAAUACUAUAUUCCCUGGGCUAGCCAGAGGUGUAUUCAUCGUAAGAUGAACUAAGUACCCGCGCUAAUGUAGGACAAAACAUUAAAAAUCGACUUUUCUGUGACGCAUUGAAUGCAUGAAUGUUUUAAAUCUCCAGUUGACUUGAUAAGUACGUAAUUAUAUAAAUUUGUAUAGUGUAAUUGUUAUAAACGGUGUGACAUCACUAUCACACCGUGCACAAGACUGCACGAAAAACACAAUACUACACGUAAAAUUAAAAAAAAAAACUCUUUACGAACGAAAAUAUUUAUUAGCAUAGUAACUUAACAAAAUAUAAUAGCAUUGUUGUGUUACUGUUGUAGAAGUUAUCAUGAAAAUUGUUAAAUAAUAAGUAUUUUGAAAUAAUGUAUUCCGCUUGUAAAGGAAUGGCAUUAUAUGUGAAAUAUAGCUUUUAAUAUAGGCCGAUUAUGUUUAGGUUAUAAAACUAGAAAAAAAAAUAUCGUUCGGCUAUGAGUUUAGUUGAUAUAGAGUUGAAUUGCUUUUAUGUUUUCAAUGUGAAAAUGGACUAUGAAAUCCGAUAUCGCCAAACACCUAUGUUUACAAAUCGCGCAUAUAAAAUUGUAUUGAAAAUAUGAAUGCAUAAAAUGUAUAUUAUAGUAAAAUUGUAAUAAGUGUUGUAAAAUGUAGAUAAGCAAGGCUCAACAAAAUCGUAGAAAAUAAAACAUGAUAAAUAAAUAGAUAAAUAUAAAACAUAAUCAUUAUAAAUAUAUAUUUUGUCAUGUAUGUACUAGCUUUGUUUUAGAUAUCAACGAAUUAAGAAUAAAUUCUUAAGUUCAAUUUUCUGAAACUGCAUUUUGUCAAUUUACGAAACUUAUUAGAAUAUUGAAUUUCUAGCAAGACUAGAAUUACAGUCAGCAACAAAAAUACCUAUACAGUUACUAUAAUUAAAAAAAAAUAAUACUUAUUUUAUAAUUGGGUAUAGAUGCGAUAAAUUAAAACAAUAUUGUUUUAAAUGGAACUCGAACAUUUAAAUUUGUAUGAAAAUAUAAAUAGUUAAAAAAUAAAUCAUUAUAA